AGCGGCGAUGCGUGGAGCCCCCCGCGCGCCCCGAUGAGACAGGCCCCCUAUGGCGGCCCCGGCCUGGGACCCGGGCCGCAACGACACGCUGCCGCCCACCCUGACGCCCGCCGUGCCGCCCUCCGUGAAGCUCGGCCUGACGAUCGUCUACACCGCCUUCUACUCGCUGCUCUUCGCCUGCGUCUACGCGCAGCUCUGGCUGGUGCUGCGCUACGGCCACAAGCGGCUCAGCUACCAGAGCGUCUUUCUCUUCCUCUGCCUGCUCUGGGCCUCCCUGCGCACCGUGCUCUUCUCCUUCUACUUCAGGGACUGCGUGGCGGCCAACGCGCUCAGCCCCUUCGUCUUCUGGCUGCUCUACUGCUGCCCCGUGUGCUUGCAGUUCUUCACGCUCACGCUCAUGAACUUGUACUUUGCGCAGGUGAUUUUCAAAGCCAAGUCAAAAUAUUCUCCAGAAUUACUCAAGUACCGGUUACCACUCUACUUGGUCUCCCUCUUCAUCAGUCUCAUUUUCCUGUUGGUGAAUUUAACCUGUGCCGUGCUGGUGAAGACAGGGACUUGGGAGAGGAAGAUCAUUGUCUCUGUUCGAGUGGCCAUUAAUGACACCCUUUUCGUGCUGUGUGCCAUCUCUCUUUCCAUUUGUCUCUACAAAAUCUCAAAGAUGUCCUUAGCCAACAUUUACUUGGAAUCUAAGGGCUUCUCCGUGUGUCAAGUGACUGCCAUCGGUGUGACUGUCAUUCUGCUCUACACCUCCCGAGCCUGCUACAACCUGUUUACCUUGUCAUUUUCUCAGAACAAGAGUGUUAACUCCUUUGAUUAUGACUGGUACAAUGUCUCAGACCAGGCAGAUUUGAAGAACCAGCUGGGAGAUGCUGGAUAUGUAGUAUUUGGAGUUGUCCUUUUUGUGUGGGAACUGUUACCUACCACCUUAGUAGUAUACUUCUUCAGAGUGAGAAAUCCCACAAAAGACUUAACCAACCCUGGAAUGGUCCCCAGCCAUGGAUUCAGUCCCCGAUCUUAUUUCUUUGAUAACCCUCGAAGAUACGACAGUGAUGACGACCUAGCCUGGAAUAUUGCACCCCAGGGCCUCCAAGGAAGUUUUGCUCCUGACUACUACGAUUGGGGAUCACAAACGAAUAGCUUCUUGGCUCAAGCAGGCAACUUACAAGCAGACUCAGUUUGGGAUCCUGAUAAAGCAAGUCAGGAGUAGCAUCAGUUCCCAGGUUUCUGGACCACACUCCUCGCUGCAGUGUCAGAGGACUGAAGACAGCUGAAGUUUUGGGGCACUUUUCCUUAAGAAACAGACUGGAUUUUAUGUUUCAAGUAUUUGAUGUCAUAGGACCAAGCAAUAAUGUAGACCGAUAUAGUCUUAUUUUAGUACUAAAAAGCGAGCCUAGCUACCUGUUUUAGGGUCUAAUUUAAACUUUAAAAAAACCGUACUUUUAUAAAGAUGUGUUUUAUAUAACUUAAAUAAUAAUGCUAAACUAUAUUAGGUGUUUUUGAGGAUGUUAUUGAAAUGCGUGUUUUAGUUUGCACAGACUUCUAUGCAUAAUUCACUUUACAAUAUACAGUACAUAUGCCAUAGUGGGUUCUUGAGGCUUUUGGAGUAAAGUAUUCCUUACCUCUUCACAGAUUCUCACCUUCACACUGGUAGACACUAGAAAGCCAAUUGCCAACACCAGUGUUAAAGCCUAAUGGAAUCUCAUCAGACUAUCAGGGUAAAGCAUCCUUAACAUUCCUUAAGAUUAAGAUGGUUGGGCUUCAGAAUCCUGAAUUUUGCUCAAAAUUAGGUAUUCACAGGGCACUAGUCUAUAUAUUUUAAUGGUAAAUUGAUAAUGUUAAAGAUGGAUAGAAAUGAGCUAUACUAUACUAGUAAAACCAAGUCUACUGUAUUAACAAAUUUUACAUACUUUUUCAACUCUAUAAACCUCAGAGUUCAGCAAAACUGUACUCAAGAUACUGAAUGAUCAUUGUGUGCCAGUAAAAAAAAAUGUUUCUCAAAAGAAGUUAUCAAUAGUAUUUUUUAGCUAAAAAUCGAUAUGGAAUAUUGUUUUCCUUGUGCUUUCUCUAAUUAUAUUUGAUAGUAUUCCUUUUAAUUUUAAAUAGCACUGAGAGCAUCCUACUAGAAAUUGCUUCUUUAAAAAUGGGAAAACAUUUUAUUUUCUGUCAUGAUUCUGGAUCCUUGGCUACUUAAAAUGAAAAGCAUUUGUUAUGAAAUAAGAAUUUCACCAAUCCUAAAUACUAAAUACUAAAAAUUCUAAAUUUUUCACUGUUUCAUUUCUGAAGUUGUAAAAUCUGCCUCUAAAACUGUCUAAUUUUCCUCCAACAGAUAAGGUAUCAGAGGAAGUCUGGUACCUUUCUGGGGGUAAACAUUUUGCUCUGCUCAAGAAAUCUAACUUCUGGGGACAGAGGGAAGGAGAGAUGAAGGGACAAAUGAGAAGAAACUUCCAGUGUUAAAUCCUAUCUAUGUGAUGUAACCCUUCAAAUGUUCUUUAUUUCCCACGGAGGUCUUUAGGAUUAACUUAUCUCCAGAGACAUUGAUUUCAAAAAGAUUUUUCUACUUCUCAUUAUCUUAAUAGUAUUCCAAAUUUGAGAUGGAUUGUGGUUGACUUUUUCAUUGGUAUAGGAUCCUUUUUUCUUGUAUAAAAAUCCCAUACACAAAUAUUGCACAAACUUUCAGUAGACAGAAUUUGAAAUUUGAAUUUGGGAAUCAUUCAGCUUGCCUUAAAAUAUUGUAAGAUAUUAUUCUACAUAGCUUAGAGACACCGUACUGGUUGCAUAUCUUGGUUACUAAUACAAGAAUUUAAAGGGAGAUUUAAAUUGGUUUGAGUGGUCAAAACGUGUACAACUCUUAAAUCAGUUGAGGAAGUGAAAAUAUUUUUAAACAUGGUAAAAAGAAUCACUAAAAUCAUGUAAUUCUUAUGUUCACCCUAUCACAUAUAGACUUUGUUAUUACUGACAGGAAAAUAGAAAUACCAAAUAUUAACUGAUAAAACCUGUUAUAUUUUUUAUAAUAAAGCUGCUACUACUUGAACUCUUAA